UUUAAAUAUAAAAAUGAAAGUUAGAGUUUAUCUUCAUAUAUCAGCAAAAUUAAUAUCAAAUCACAUUCAUGAUUAUGCUUAACUAGUUAUUUAAAUAAAUGUUGCUAUUAGGUGUCAAUAGAUACCUGCUUUCAUGCUAUUUAUUUAUUUUUUCUAGUUGAACCUGGCCAUGAAUGAACAAAAGGAGAAAAUUACAGAAAAAGUCAUUCUUUCAAUGACAGCAAAGGAACACCAUAAAGAACAAGAAGAAGUGAGCAGGCUGAUUGAUGAAUUGCAGACAGCUAUCAAAAGCAACAGAGGUCAUCUCUCUAAACUUGGCCCCCAGUUACAGGCUGAGCAGGAGCAAUUCUCCUCUUAUGUCUACCAACACAUUAAAAGCCUUCCAGCAAACACGCUUGUCCCAGGAGGCCUGCAGCUCAAGGUGGGUGUCAUUCUGUGCCUCUCAUUGGAUUCAGCCAGAGCAGAAGCAUUCUGCUCCAUUUGAAGACCCUUAUAACAAUGCCACACAGCUUGAAUUUCUUUUAAUGUUGGCUUCCUCAAAUUGGUAGUACUACAAGUCAUAACAUUAUU